UGAGUUGGGUUCUGUUUAAUCUUCAAGAUUCAUGUCAGAUACAAAGCACUCCUGAAACGUCCUCCAAGGGAGCUUUAAACAGUGGGGUGCUACAAAAAUAGGUUUUAACACUAUUGUUGUUACAGAUUAUGAAAAUGUUUAAGCACUUAUGAGAGACCUGUUUAUAAACCGUUUCAUGAACCUUUGGAGUUUCUAACAAUGCUCCACUCAUGCUGAUGGAAAGUCAGCUGAAGUUUCAUAGUCCACCAAACACUCCUGGAUCUUCACAGCAAGGAAAACACUUUGCAGCAUUCUGCUAAUCAACUGAAGUGGAUGGGGACUUCUUUAAAAUUGUAGAAGUACGAUAGAAAAAAUGUAAGUAAAAUGUUAGUGCAAUCAAUCAGUGGAGCUGGUCUGGUGUAAUUAGAGUCCCAAGAAGCAGUGAUUUGAUUUGAAAAGACAUCAUUUAAACUUUUUUACAUUUUUAGAUGAAAUCUCCACCGUCGCUGCUAAACUAAAAGAGCAGCAUACAUGGACAUACGUCAAGGGUGUAAAUAAAAACAUAUUAUUAUUAUCACCAUUUUUGAGUAAACUAUAUGAUUUUAAGACAGUAAUUAAACUUCUGCUCUAUGUUAUAAAUCUGAAUAAUUCCCUUUUUAAAUAUAAAAUAUUACUCUGAAUAUACUAAUCAUACAGUUCAGCAGAAUAUACAGCACCAUGUUUGGUGAGAAACAAAAACUGACUGUUGGUGGUGAGAUUAUAGACCGUAGAUCAAAAGUCUUUCAUUUAAAAAGUUUUUACCUUUUAAAUCUUUGAAUUGUUUUAAAGUUUUGCAGACUGCAAAAAAAGAAAAAAAAACUUAAUUGAAAUAAAAUGUAGUUGUAUGAAUCUAAACAAGACUAUUAAAAAUUAAACGAAACAGAAGCAUGUUUAGUCUCGUUUUGCACACAGUAUGUUGACUACAGCUAUAAAUGCACAGUACUGAUGAAGGGACUCUGGGGCUCCUCCACUCUCUGCCAUCCCUCCUCUGGUCGCUGGCUGCUCUCAGGUGAGUCCUCACAGAGUGACAGAUCCAGCUGGAGCUGCAGGGAGCAGCAUGAAGUUUGUCUCUGGAGUUGUAAACCACGAGAGCAGAAUAUCAAGAGGAUUUUAGGGAUGAUGAUGGUAAUUUGCAGCCUCGCUCAGCUGGUUCUCUCAGGCUGGGCCUUGACCGCCGCCGCGAGCCCGGACAACUUCUUCUACCACAACUUCCUCAGUGGAAAGGACAACGAAGAGAUUCACUUCAGAGGCGUGAAGCUCUUUGUGGACUCUGCUCAGCCGUCAGUGUUUGCAGUCAGAGGGGGAAACGCCACCAUGCCCUGCAGGUUUUGGCACGAGCCUGAGCUGAGCUCGCCGAGGGAGGUCCGGGUCAAGUGGUCCUGGCUGCCCGCUGCUGGGGGACCUGAGACAGACGUGCUGGUGGCGAUUGGCCUCCGCAGUCGAAGCCUUGGAGAGUUCAGAGGGCGUGUGCGGCUCAGACGGGAUUUCCCAGGAGAUGCUGCUCUUGUGAUGACUGAACUCCAGCUGAAUGAUACAGGCCGAUACCGCUGCGAGGUGGUGGACGGACUGGAGGACAAGAGCUCCUCAGUUCAUCUGGAGCUGCGAGGUGUGGUGUUCCCCUACCAGCACCCUCAUGGCCGUUACUACCUGAGCUUCCUGGGAGCCCAGCAGGCCUGUGAGGAGCAGGACUCCACGCUGGCCACAUUCUCGCAGCUCUUCCAGUCCUGGAAGGAGGGCCUGAACUGGUGCAAUGCAGGCUGGCUGGCAGACGGGACAGUCCAGUACCCCAUCACACAACCCAGAAUGCCAUGCGGGGGGCACGGCCUCGCCCCGGGUGUCAGGAGCUACGGCAGAAGACACCUCCAUCUUCAUCGCUACGAUGUCUUCUGCUUCUCGUCUUCAAUCAGAGGUGAAGUCUUCUAUCUUCAGCCCUCUCACAAGAUGAACCUGAGCGAGGCUCGGCAGACGUGUCAGGAGUACGGAGCCAAGAUCGCCAAAGUCGGGCAGCUCUACGCCGCCUGGAAGUUCUCAGGGAUGGACCACUGUGACGCCGGCUGGCUGGCCGAUGGCAGCGUUCGGUAUGCAAUCACCAGGCCACGAAGAAACUGUGGUCCCUCUGAGCCAGGGGUGCGCAGCUUUGGGUUCCCACCUCCCCACCACAAGCACGGAGUCUACUGCUACAAGUCAGACGAUGAAUGAGCGCAGGGCCCAUGAAGACAACACUGAUUUCUUAUGAGCAUAAAAGAGAUAUUUCUACUUUAUACUACUACUACUACUGUUUCUUCCAUGUGAGGUACUGGAUUGUUUUACAUUUGUCUCUGUGAUUCAGAUAACAUGGAGGAAAAGUAAUUAUUUGCUUCACCUCGGCUGUUAACACUUUAACGCUGUAUUUUUUAAGAUGUUUUGUUUUUAUAGGUGUUUCUGCCUCAUUGGUGAUGGUGGUGAAGACACAGAUAGAAAACAUAAAAAGAGAGGUGUCAAAUGCAAGAUAGCUGUAAAUCAAAGAAGGGAUGCUGCAGUUAUUUGAUAUAUACAUCUUUAUGUCUAGGCCACCAAGACGCCACAACAUUACUUAAUUUAAUGUAUUUACAAACUUAAAAAAGUUGGGAAUCACUGGUGUAAAUCUUAUUUUUACUAUUAUAUCUUUGUCUCAUUGUAUUUUUCUAUCAAAGGUACAAUAUGUAUGUGUAAGUUUUUAAACAUCCAGAAUUUAACUUAAAUUAUCAAAAGAAUGCAAAGAAAUAACAUUUUGACAGUAAGUCAGAGAACUCAUUGUAUUGUUUUGCUGAAGUUAGCAUGCUAAAGGCUAGCCCCAGCCCAUCCUUGGCUAACUCAGCCAACUAGCUUACUGUUUCCAGCAGUUUGCAGUUGUGAUGUUUGUUUGAAGUUUGAAUACAAGUGGUGGCCACUUCUUACAUAUUGUAUCUUUAAUACAUUUUUGUGAUUUUGUUUACUUUUUUAAUGUCUCUCCAUUUAUAAGGUAUUACGAUUAGCAUUUGCAAGCUAACAUUUGUGCCUGAGCUUGGCAUUCUAUCAGCUGAUAUAGGCCAUAUCAUGCUCUUCAAAGCUCAUAAAAAACUACUAAAAGUAGCCUUGAGUUGAGAUUUUGUUAGUGACAGGCCAUAUAACCAUGUGUCGCAGGUGAUUUUCACAAUAAAGGUUGGUGUAGGCUGAUGGAUAUUUAUAUACAUGAUUUUUGUAUUACAAAUGUCUUUCCUAACCAUUAAAGUGCCUCUACAGAAGA